AUGAGCAUCGAAAUAGUUGACUUUGGCUCGUUUGGCUUAGGAAAAGAUGAACCUUCAGCCAUUGAAAUUGAACGAAUUUCCACAGAGGUCAUCAGGGCUUUAACAGACAUUGGAUUUGUAUACCUGAAAAACACUGGAAUUGAAGAUCAAAAGAUAUUUGAAGUGAUGGACAUCUGCAAGAAGUUCUUCAUGCUUCCAAGUAACAUUAAACAACAAUAUGCCCUUACUGUGGACUCUGAAUCUCUAGGUCAUGGCUGGAUUGCAGAAGACAAAGAAAGAUUAAAUCCUGAGCGGCCUGCAGACCUGAAGGAGUCCUUUAAUAUAUCAGCAUUAUCUCCACAUGUUAAAUGGCCCGUUAUUAACACCAUUCCUGAGUUUAGGGAAUGUCUGGAAUCAUUCUUCAAAACGUGUCAGCAGCUGUCAGUAAAAAUUCUGAAAGUGAUUGCACUGGGCCUGGGUCUUGAGAGGGAUUUCUUCGUCAAUAAGCACCAAAAUAUGGGCAGCAAUAAAAAUCCUACAACCCUUCGAGCUCUGUAUUAUCCAUCAGUACAGAAAUCCUCUAUCCAGGAUCAUCAGAUCCGAUGUGGAGAACAUUCUGAUUAUGGAACAUGCAGUUUACUCUUCCAAGAUAAGACUGGAGGGUUAGAGAUUAUAAACAGGUCUGGCCAGUAUGUUGCUGCUCCCUACAUCCAAAAUACCGUUCUCAUCAACAUUGCUGAUCUUCUGCAGAGGUGGACAUCUGACAAAUUAUUAUCAAUGGUUCACCGAGUCCUCCUUCCAAAGUCUGAAGACAAGAUGUGCAAACCUAGACAAUCAUUGGUUUUCUUUGUCGAUCCAGACAGUGAUGUGAUGGUCACGUGCUGUUAUGGGCUUCAGAAGUAUCCACCCAUCCAGGCUCUGCAGCACAUACAGGGGCGUUUGAAUUCUUCAAAUGUAACAAAAUCCUGAUCCAAUGAAUUAAUUCAUUGGCAAUUGUGA